CGCACAAAAGAGUGAACACUUUCUUUUGACAAUCACAAGAGUUUUUUUGCAGAGUACUCCGUAUUUUGUAAUCUAAGACAAUCACAUGUGUUGGAUUCUAAAAACAAUGAUCUGACGACCCUAGCUCCUUCCACCUCUUCAUUCACCUGUCAUAAUCUUUUCCGAAACUUCUGAUUCACAGCCACGAAACUUCAUGCUCCAUUACAGAUUAUAUUUACCUUCUUGAUUUUAUUUUAUUACUUCUGUAUUUUUUCCCCCCAAUUUUGAGACAUGGGUUUGCUGGAAAAGCUUGGCAGGAUAGAUUGGGAGCAAGAAUCGUACCCAAAUUACAAGGAUUUCGCAGCUCUUCCAUUGUUCGCGCUCUUCUUUCCCACUAUCAGAUUCUUGCUCAACAGAUUCGUGUUUGAGAAUGUGGCCAGAAGGUUGAUGUUUGCAGAGGGGCAGCGGGUGAUGGAGAAGGAGACAGGUAAAAGGAAGAAAAAGAUGAGGAAAUUCAAAGAAUCAGCAUGGAAGUGUGUGUAUUAUCUUUCAGCUGAAAUAUUUUCACUUGCUGUAACUUACAAUGAGCCAUGGUUCAAGGACACAAAAUACUUCUGGGCUGGACCCGGGGAUCAGUUCUGGCCCGAUCAAACAUACAAGUCUAAAUUGAAGGCACUUUACAUGUAUGCUGGUGGGUUCUACACAUAUUCAAUAUUUGCACUUAUGUUUUGGGAAACAAGGCGAGCUGACUUUGGCGUUUCUAUGAUCCAUCAUGUCGCAACUGCCAUACUGAUUGUUCUAUCCUAUAUAUUCAGGUUUGCACGUGUUGGUUCAGUGGUUUUAGCUCUUCACGAUGCUAGUGAUGUAUUUCUUGAAAUAGGAAAGAUGUCCAAAUACAGUGGGGCUGAAACUAUUGCUAGUGUUGCAUUUGUUCUGUUUGUUUUGUCUUGGACUCUGCUUCGCAUUACAUACUAUCCGUUCUGGAUUCUGUGGAGUACAAGCUAUGAAGUUCUUUUGACAUUGAACAAGGAGAAUCAUAAAGUGGACGGACCGAUUUAUUACUAUAUCUUCAACACUCUUCUAUUUGGCUUGCUUGUUCUUAAUGUCUAUUGGUGGGUGUUAAUGUACAGAAUGCUUGUUAAACAAAUCCAAGACAGAGGCAAAGUCAGUGAAGAUGUUCGUUCCGAUUCUGAGGGGGAGGAUGAUCCCGAGCAUGAAGAUUGACCACACCGGAAUGCUUUUUGAUUUCUCAUUUCCCACUUAAAGGGUUUAGGGUCAUGUAUUCUUAAGGGCAUGUUGAUGGUCAAGCACUAUGGGACUUGGCAUUCGUUCCUUUGCACGAGUUUUUGACUUUAUAUGCUUCUUGAUGGUAAUAUGUGCUUCUUGUGUUCUUCAGCUCAUUUAUCUUUGUGUCUUCUUCAUAGCUGAUUAAAUUGUUCUUGAAACAAAACCCAGUAUAGUUCCAGUCUCCCAAGGCCUUUUCGGGUUGACCAUCAAAGCAUUGUUGCAUUGAAUAUGUCAUUUUGAUCUUGUCUUUUGUUUACUAGAAGCUCAGAUAUUGUCGAAAUGACGAUUCUAGGCUUCUAGCUUCAAAAAUUAUGUCUUAUUGGACGACGGUGUAUGCGGUCUUAUUAGUCAUUAUUGUCAAACUAAUAUCAAUCUUGUGUGAACAAACAUUAAUGGUACAAGGAAGAUCCAAUGACCUUUUGGAUUUUUGUACAUUUAUCGAUUCAACAUGUAAUUCGAUAAUUUACCAAAUGGAAAAGUAAUUUAUUCAAUGAUUUAAAUAAUCCUAGACUCUAAUU